UAGCAAGAGAAGAGACGGGAUGGGCUUGUUUGUGGCUAUGUCGCUGGCGGUGAUGGUACUUAUUGCAUUGUUUCCCCCCAAUUCUCAAUUGUAAGGCACUCGAAAAAGUUAACCUGACAGCAGCUCUACCACUGUCUUUGCUCUUCUUAUUGUUUUUCUUCUUUCUUCACUACAUCUCAGCAUUCAAUUAGCUAUGCUCAAGCAGCUCUCUAUUGCCGCCGCCCUUGCGGCUGCUGCCGUCGCGCAGAACACUCCCAGUCUCGCCGACGCUUUGAAAUCGUCGUCCGAACUAUCGACUCUUGCGGGUCUCGUCCCUCAAGAUGUUCUUCAGACACUCAGCAGUGCCAGCAACAUUACCAUCCUCGCGCCCGCAAACUCGGCUUUUGAGAAAGUCAGCCCUCAGAUGUUGUCUUCUCUGACUAGCACCCCUGGUGCUAUUACUGCCCUCCUCCAAUAUCACGUCCUCAAUGGAUCAUACCCAUCCUCUGCUAUUCCAGACGAGGGCGCUUUCGUUCCUACGCUCCUGACUAAUACGUCGUACACCAAUGUUACUGGCGGCCAGGUCGUACACGCUACGACUGAUGACGACAAGGUUGUCUUCUUCACUGGAAGUCUAAGCAACUCGACCGUCACCACAGCCAAUGUCAACUUCACCGGUGGCGUAAUCCACAUAAUCGACACCGUCCUCACCAUUCCCGGCUCCGUCUCCGACAUCGCCACAGCCGCAGGCCUAACCUCAGUCCGCGGUGCUCUCGUUUCCGCCAACCUGGUCGAAACCGUGAACACCACCCCCGACGUAACCAUCUUCGCACCCACCAAUCAAGCCUUCCAGAACAUUGGUUCUGCCCUCCCCGGCCUCUCCGCCGACGACCUCACCAAGAUCCUUACUUACCACGUGAUUGCCGGUACAGUCGGAUACUCGACGCGCCUCGCAAACGGCACCUCCAUCGCCACCGUCAACGGCGCCAACGUCACCAUCACCGUCGACGACGACGGCAUUUUCGUUAACAACGCCGAGGUCGUUAUCGCCGACGUUCUCGUUGCCAACGGCGUCGUCCACGUUAUCGACCAGGUCUUGAACCCUAACAACGCUACUGUUGCUGACGGUGACGACGGUGAGCCCGCAUACCAGAGUGCUACUCCCGUCUCUGAGGCUCCAUUUACUUCGGGCCAGCCUACGCCUUCUGCACCUAUUGGCGGUGGUGCUGGAAACGGUCGUCCUACUGGUACUGGCUCGCCUACCAGCUCCUCAGGACUCCCUCAGGCUACUGCUAACGCUGCGCCUGCGGUUGCUGUAUCUGGUGGAUUUGCUGCCCUCCUUGCUGCUGCUGCCUUUUUCUUGUAAGCGGGGGGAGCAGUAGUAUGAACUGGAUGUAAUUCUCUAAGUGUGUGCUUUGGGGGGAUGAGUGUAUUGAUACCACGAGGUCUUAAGCGCUUGUUGACAUAAGGGUGUUUGUUUGUGGAGGGUGUAUGGGAUAUGAAUGAUAUGGUAAUGGUUUCGCAUCUUUAUCCAUGAAAUUAAUUAAUCGAAUGAGAUUUUUGUCACUUG